UAGAUUGCCCUCUAGAUAGACCGGUACCCUUUACCGACUCAAGCAGAUCCUAAGGGGGAAUUGGAGCUAACAGGAGCUUCUGCAUAGAACCAUUUGGAUAGGUAUAUCACCUUGAUUAAACGAGAGCUUACAUAAUGACAGGGUUCGGAGCCUAGGCGGCUGCGAAAUGGUGUCUCCCGUAGGGCGUCGCGAAUCCCCGGACUCUGCCCGCACCACCCCUACCCGUCCCUCCACGAUCGAGGCCACAGCCGCCGACGAUGAUGAAAUAUCCCGAUUGCUCUCUCCGUCCUUCUCACGCGCCUCCUCGGCUGACCUUUCCGACCGCUUGCUCGGCGAACGAGACGCUCAAGAUGGCUUCGCGUCGCCCUUGUAUCCGUACACGAUCGUCUUCGUCUUCGGCCUGGUCCUGGUCACUGGCUUUGGCAGCUCUCUCCUGAACACCCCUGAGGUGCGGCUUCUAGAGAUGGCGCUCUGCCGAGACUACUAUCGGACCAACGACCCCUCCGUUAUAGGACCGCCGCCGCUGUCGUACGUCGACGAGGAGAACUGCAAGGUCGACAGCAUACAGGUCGAAUUGGCUUAUAUCAUGGCCACCAGGUCCCUCUUGUCCGCUAUCCCCGGGAUUUUCCUAACGUUUCCCUACGGCCAACUCGCGAAUAAGAUCGGUCGGAGACCCGUCGUGCUUCUCGGUCUGCUGGGCGAGAUGUUGGAGUACUUUUGGGUCAUCCUGGUUUGUUAUUUUCACGAAGUCUUUCCCACCCGGCUCGUGUUGAUCUCUCCCGUCUUCGUCGUCAUCGGAGGAGGAUCUAAGGUCAUUUCCGCCUGCAUAUACACCAUCAUCACCGACGUGACCCCUGAACAUAUAAGGACAACGAUAUUCUACCUGGCCGGCGCGGGGAUCUUGUUAUCUGCCCUCAUAGCUAUGCCGUUCGGAUCCUUUCUUCUAUCCAUCGACCUUUGGCUCCCCUAUAAAUUCAGCACACCUGUCCUUCUCUCCGCAUUUCCGCUUAUAUUCGCCAUGCCAGAAACCAUGCCGAAAUCGAGUAUUGAAGAUGAGAUGAGCCCAGAGAGAAUUGACGUCCAAGAGGGUGGAUCAUCUACGGUCCAUCGUCUCCGAGCCAUGGUGAUUUCCUUGGCACAAAGGUUGAAGCAGUCCCUGGUCGCAUUGAAUCCCUCCGCCGUCCGCAAAGAAAUUACUCUGAUUUUAGUCAUAUUAUUCUUGUCCAUGUUCUGCUCGAUGACAGGCCGCAUCUUUGUUCAAUAUACCUCGAAGCUCCUGGGCUGGUCAAUAUCCACUGCGGGAUACAUUCUCGGCAUCCGCGCCUUCGCAGCCCUUUGCGUCCUAUUCUGUCUCGCUGGGAUCACACAACUGUUGGAGAAGACAAACACCCUUCGGCCGUUGUUGCUGGAUGUCUGGGUAGUCCGUCUCAGCUUCAUCGCGCUGUCUGUUGGUACAGCAUUCAUUGCCAUUAGUAGAGAGUCGGGACUACUAAUCGCAGGGUCCGUUCUUAGUUCUGUUGGAAACGGGCUUGCGCCGGCGAUGCAAGGUCUUCUAGCCCACUUUGCAGACAGUUCCUUGACGGCCCAAGUUUUUGCCAGCGCUGCACUGGUGGAACUAUUGGCCGAAUUCGUCGGCGGGUUUGCAUUUGCUGGCCUAUUUGACAUAGGCAUCAGAGGUGGUCAAUUUCCCGGGAUUGGUCUGCCGUUUUAUGUCAGCGCAGUUCUCACCCUUUUCGCCGGAGCGCUUUCUUUCCUACUGCCUACUGCAUAGCAACCGCUUGAUUGGGUUACGGGUUACACCUUGUGAAGCGACAGGGUGUGGAUGUAGGUUUAAGUCUAGGGUGUUUCUAACGACUCUAGAAAUGGACUGCCGACUUGAUAACUUCCCUCUCUAACUAGAGGAUAUCAUAUAUCGUCCAGCCCAGGGCCCUGAUCAACGCCGCCGCUACGCCCACGGUCUCUCGCUGGUGCGCCAACCCACUAUCACGAAGAAUUGUUGCUGGGUUCGUAAGUAGAGUUGGGAUCGAUCGACACCUGUAGGUGUGCGGUGGCGCUGGGUUGACAAGUCGCUCAGUGGAUUUGAUGAGGGGAAGCAAGUGGGUAUUACAACAGCUCCAUGGAUAGUUAUAUAGACGAAAUGACCGGACAAACAGGGUUUAUUUCCUAUCUGUGGCCUGUAGGCGUCAUGCUCUACAGGAACCUGGUACUGUUCAAUUUGAACACGACAAUGUAUGCCUCAGUAUUCGUUAAUUAAUCGGCCCCUUCGUGGCGUAACUAGCCCAUUCGCGAUACGGCGAUGAGUAUAAAUGGUAUACGGUGGAAUGACUGUAUGUAAGUCAACCAAUUGAUCCAUGUUUAAAAUAUCUUAUUCUUUAGUGAACCC